AUGGCCAUGGUGCAGCCGGUCGACAUGGCCGUCAAGGCCAACCAGAUCCUCGCGCGCUUCCGCCCCAUCGCGCCCAAGCCGGCCGCCCUGCCCACGUCGCCCGCAAUCGACGGCGCCGCCGCGGUCGCCGCCAACACCGUGCUCUGCCACCUGCAGACCAGGCCGUGCCGUGCCCGCAAGCGCGGGCGCCAGAACGUGGCACCGGUCUCCCCGUCCUCGUCCGCCAAGAGGAAUAAGAGGCCCGUGUACCCGAUGCCGCUCCGGUGCGCGGCGGCCGCGGCCACCGACGCGGCGGUGGCCACGGCGACGAGGGCGCACGUGUCCGUCGCCGUCCCACCCACUGCAUGCAUGCCCCUGGCAUCGCUCUCGCCGGGUGCGGCAGGCCAGGACGAGGAGGAGGAGGAGCGGGACGUCCCCGUGGAGCGCGACCUGCUGCGGAAGCUACUGGAGCCCAAGGUGAUCUCGCCGCGGGCGGUGCGCCCCGUGGGAUCCACCAUCCACAUCGCCUCCGUCGCCGUCCACGCCGCAUGCACCGACGCCACAGGCUCCACCGCCUCGUCCAAGACGGCGGAGGAGGUGGAGGCGGAGCUGGAGGCCGACGCGCUCCCGGCGGUGGUCUCGGACUCCAGCAACCGCGUCCGCCUCGUCAACGACAAGUACAAGGAGAUGGUGGGCGCGCCCGAGUGCACCUGGCUCGGCGCGCUCGCCAGGAGGAUCAGCGGCGAGGUUGCCCUUGUGGUGCCGGCCCAGCAGCCGGACACCCGCGGGGGGUUCUCCUGCGCGGCCAAGAUCGAGUGGGAGCGCGGCGGCGGCGAGCGGGCGUCCGUGCAUGCGGCGUGCGACGUCACCCGGCUGCACUGCGACUCCAGAGACUACAUUUACGCCUGGAGGUUCCGCACCGCCGACGCAUCAUCCUCCGUCAGCACCCACCGCUCCGGCGACGCAUGA